UUGAAUGGAGUGAGUAAUUUAGCUAUCAUCCCAAAAUAGGAACAUAAAAUCGAAUCAUAUAUAGAUUUUAUAUAUUUUUUUCCAUUUAAAGAUGCGUUUCUAUGGUAUAAAAUGGAGAAACUGUUAGACCGAAUUCGCAAUUCACAGCAAGAGAGAAAGAGCAGAUUUGUUCUUCAGGGAAGAAAUGGCUAUCUCAAAAUUCGUAACACUUACUCAUCAAGCCUCACUCAUGGGGAUAUUAUUAUUGGUUUUGCUUUUGACUUCUGGUACAAUAUUCUAUCUAAAGCUCCAUUUUGAUUUCAUAAAUACAAGUUAAUGGUAUUUUUAAGUGUUUUAUGUGAAACGAUUCGCGUCAAUAUUAAAGAUACAAAAAUGUAAUUGAUUAAUCGAAUCUAACGGCCCUGCAAGAAUGAUACCAAUCAAUUGCAUAUUUGCAUCCAUAACAUUGACACGAACCGUUUCCCUUAAAAAAAUAAUAACAAUAAAAUACCAUUAACCUGUGUUUAUAAAAUCAAAAUAGAGAAACUGUACCUGAAGUGAAAAGCAAAACUAAGAAUAACAUUCCCAAGGAGGCUUGAUGAGUAAGUGCUGCAACCUUUGCGGUAGCCAUUUCCUCUCUGAACAACUGUUAGGCAAACAGAAAAGAUGAAUAAUUUGAACAAAGGUUUAUUGCUUUU